UUUUACUCGCCACAACAGCAGGGGGCAAUGUGAAUUUAUUUUUUAGAACAUCCUGCACGCCCUAAUAUUGCGCUUGCGCACUAGCUUAGAAGGAACCUAAGCACAACGAACUAAGUACCGUACCACUCUUUACUAAGAGUAUCGGCGUUCUGAAAUACUGUAAAAUGAUGAAAUUGCUACCAAGGUUACUUUUGCUAUUGUUACUAGCCUUUCCAACAACUAUUCUACUGAAAGGACCAUUGGUGGCAGCACAGGAUGCUACUGAGGACGAGGAGGCUGCUGAUGAAGACUUAGGAGAUGACGUGAUUGCUGAGGAUGAUGAUGAGGCGGAGGUGGAGGAUGAUGAAAACACGGAAUUGACAGAAGAAAAAGAUGAAGAGGAGGAAGAAGAAGCAUUAACGGGAGAAGUCAAAGCCUCCCCACAUGCUGACACAACCAUCCUCUUUGUUAAAGGAGAUGACUUCCCGGCCAACAACAUUGUCAAGUUCCUGAUGGGCUUCACCAACAAGGGCGCUGAGAACUUUGUGGUGGAGUCCCUGGACGCCUCCUUCCGCUACCCGCAGGACUUCCAGUUCUACAUCCAGAACUUCACGGCCUUGCAGCUGGGCAUCGUGGUCCCUCCCCUGCGUCAGGCCACCUUUGAGUACUCCUUCAUCCCUGCCGAGCCAAUGGGAGGACGCCCCUUCGGCCUGGUCAUCAACCUCAACUACAAGGACAGCAAUGGCAAUGUGUUUCAGGACGCCGUGUUUAACCAGACCGUGACGGUCACAGAGAGGGAGGACGGUCUGGAUGGAGAGACGAUCUUCAUGUACGUGUUCCUCGGUGGUCUUGGACUCCUGGUUGUCGUUGGGCUUCACCAGUUGCUGGAGUCAAGAAAGGGCAGGCAGGACAGGAGCAUGAAAAGAAAGCUUGCUAAGGCAGCCGUGUUUCUGCAGAUGAUGGAGGUAGACAUGACACAGGACAUGCAGGUUGCUAAGGCAGCUGUGAUGGAGGUAGACAUGACACAGGACAUGCAGGUUGCUAAGGCAGCUGUGAUGGAGGUAGACAUGACACAGGACAUGCAGGUUGCUAAGGCAGCUGUGAUGGAGGUAGACAUGAGACAGGACAUGCAGGUUGCUAAGGCAGCUGUGAUGGAGGUAGACAUGACACAGGACAUGCAGGUUGCUAAGGCAGCUGUGAUGGAGGUAGACAUGAGACAGGACCUGCAGGUUGCUCGUCAGAUCAGUGACCGCUGGUUGGACUUGGCCUCUCAUGCCUCUGGAGGGGCGAUAUUAAGGCUGACCUGCAUUCGUGCCAGAACGUGGUACAAAAUGGCCUGGGUCAGGCCCUUGUAAAACAGUGUGCAAACCUGCACUUCACCUGGUAUUUCUUUUUAGAUGAUAUUUCUCUCAUUCUUGUUGUAAAACGCUCUAGCUAACUGGUUUGUUGUAAAACACUCUAGCUAACUAGCUAGCUGGUUUCUUGCCUGAUAUGCAGAAUUGUAUGCAGUCCUGCAACUGCCAGACUUUUCCGAUUGGCUCGCAUCACCUUGUGAACCUCCAAUCGCAUGUGGCAUUAAUGUGAGCACAGGCUUUCGGAGACUACGUCCAACCCAGCGAGCACUUGAGUUCAGUCAAAACAUUUUAAUCACCAAAAUGUAGCGUAAAAUUGGCCGUAUACACGGUGCAUGUAAAAUCUCACAUUGUCGUCAGUUUUUCCUACAGGAGUGAAAGGUGUAAAGUUUAAAGGUGAAAAGUUGAAAGUUUAAAACAUGCAGAGGGUUUUGUAUCCCUUGUAAGGCCCAGUGAAGCCACCUCUGUGAGCCCGUUGAGGCCCAUCUGUAGCCCCAAGAAUGCCGUAUGAGUCAGCAGGUCUGGCACGUUGGGCUUUCUGUAAUACAUGCAUGUGCCUGUGGACCAAAGGCCUGUGAUGAGUCAUGGAAAUAUUCCACAUCUGUCUGUCUAUUAGCCACAUCAGAAAUGAACAAAAAAAACCUUCAGCAGGUUUUGACAGGGCGAGAAUCCAGCAGCUUGCUGUGACCGGGUCAGGUUCAAACAGUAACAAAAAGUAACAAGAAAUAGAGAUAGCUGUGUUGUAUAUUUACAUAGUCCUAGCGUAACCUUCUGACAGAGUAGUAGUAGCAGCAGUAUUGUGGCAGAGUGAUCUCAGCCACUUGGAUAUGUAGCUUGCUGUGACGAGGUCAGGUUCAUUCAUCUCAGCCACUUGGAUAAGUAAGAUGCAUCAGGUUUGCCUGGUAAUUUACACCAGAGCUGCUUUUCAAGUGUAUCUCAGUUGCCCGUCUGUCUGUCUAUCGGUAAAAUUAUUAGAUAAUUACAGCUGUGUCAGUUUACACCAGUAGCUCUUUACACGCACAUUACAGCUGUGUCAGUUCGGAAAACCACGUGGAUAAAUGUGACGUUAGAGACAAACGCAGUGUCCAUUGUGUUUCACUCUUACGUGUCAGUGUGUUGCUUGUGUAAAUUCCCAGUUAGCGUUUUGAUUGUGUCUGUGUGUUGCUUGUGUAAAUUCCCAGUGAGCGUUUUGAUUGUGUCAGUGUGUUGCUUGUGUAAAUUCCCAGUGAGCGUUUUGAUUGUGUCAGUGUGUUGCUUGUGUAAAUUCCCAGUGAGCGUUUUGAUUGCUCCUAAGCGUUUUGAUUGCUCCUAAACUGCCUGUGCGGU